AAGACCCUAUUCCCAGUUGCUGAUGAAAGAGAAUAGUAAUUUAAAGAUGGCGGAGUGCAUGGCAGCACGUUUGACCGCGCAAGAGAACCAGAUAGAGCUUCUCACUCGGGAAUUUAGCCUCCUACGAGACGGGCUAAAUGGUGGUCCAGAGGUCGCCAGCAUUCUCGCCAGUUCUCCGGAGCUGGAGAGCUUACGGAGCGAGAAUGAGAAGCUCAAAUUUCGUCUCGUGCACCUCCGCCGGGGUCUCCAGGAAGAGCUCGCCCUGGAGGGACAGGGCAAGAGGGGCACAAACAAAGGCCAGGAGAAGACAGGGAAAAAACAACAACAGCAACAACCAAAGAACCGCAAUUAUGAUAAUAAUAAGGCAGCAACUCAUGAGACCAAACCUGUUGUUGAUAAGGAGAAGCCAGAGAACAACAAGAAGAAGGCACAGGGAGGGGGUGGUGGCAGAGAGCUGAAACCGUGGCCUGGUACAUCUCAGAGCGCAUGCGCUUACAACAAAUUCAAGUGUCGCAUUCUGAAUGAGAAAGUCAAACCCACUACAACAGUCUACAGAUGUGGGCCUCUGAUAGACCUGUGUCGUGGGCCCCAUGUAAGACACACAGGAAAGAUUAAAGCCUUGAAGAUCUACAAGAACUCUUCUACGUACUGGGAGGGCCGUUCGGACAUGGAGACCCUGCAGCGUAUCUACGGCAUCUCCUUCCCAGACUCCAAGAUGCUGAAGGAGUGGGAACGCUUUCAGGAAGAGGCUAGGAACAGAGACCAUCGGAAGAUUGGAAAGGAACAGGAACUGUUUUUUUUCCAUGACCUGAGCCCUGGCAGCUGCUUCUUCCUCCCGCGUGGAGCCUACCUGUACAACACACUCACUGACUUCAUCAGGGAGGAAUACUGUAGAAGAGGUUUCCAGGAGGUGGCCUCUCCUAACAUCUAUAACAGUAAGCUGUGGGAGACUUCAGGCCACUGGCAGCACUACAGCGACAACAUGUUCUCCUUCCCAGUGGAGCAGGACGUCUUUGCACUGAAGCCCAUGAACUGUCCUGGACACUGUCUGAUGUUCAGCCACAGACCUCGGUCGUGGAGGGAGCUGCCUCUGAGACUGGCUGAUUUCGGGGUGCUCCAUAGGAAUGAGCUAUCAGGGACACUGACCGGCCUUACGAGGGUGCGCCGCUUCCAACAGGAUGACGCUCACAUCUUCUGCACCAUGGAACAGAUUGAGUCUGAGAUGAAGGGCUGUCUGGACUUCCUCCGCUGUGUCUAUGAUGUCUUUGGCUUCUCUUUCCAGCUGCACCUUUCAACCCGUCCAGAGAAGUACCUAGGAGAUAUCGCUAUCUGGAACCAGGCUGAGAAGCAACUGGAGAACAGCCUGAAUGAGUUUGGGGAACCAUGGAAACUAAACCCCGGAGACGGUGCUUUCUAUGGACCCAAGCUGAUAUUGAUGUUGAAUCCUGUGACAUGCAGGAAGGACGGGGAUGACCAAACGAAGCCGGUCAUCAUCCACCGGGCCAUUCUGGGCUCUGUGGAGAUGAUAGCCAUCCUCACUGAGAACUACGCUGGGAAAUGGCCCCUCUGGCUCCCACGUCAGGUGAUGUUUGUACCUGUCAACCCUACCUGUGAAGAAUAUCCAAGAGGAUACCUGUAUAUGUGUAAACAGUUUGUGGAGGCCGGAUUCAUGGCAGACGCUGAUCUCGACUCCAGUUGCCUCUUAAACAAGAAGAUCCGCAACGCCCAGUUAGCCCAGUACAACUUCAUCCUGGUGGUCGGUGAGAAAGAGAAGCUGACUAACAGCGUGAACGUACGUACGAGGGACAACAAGGUUCAUGGAGAGCUGUCUGUCUCUGAGGUGCUGGCUCGCCUGACCCUGUUGAAAGAGUCACGCUGCCGGAAUGCUGAGGAGGAGUUCUGAGGAGAGAUAGGGUGACCACAUGGUUCCCAGAAGACAAAAUGUUUUAUGCCAGAUAGUUUUCUCUGUCACAAUCGAAGAACAAAAGGGACAUUUUAUGUGAAUGCAAGAGGUCUGUGUGGAAAGGAUAGACAUGGAAAGGGGUAGAUUAAAUGUAUUGACAUGUGUGAAAAAAUAUAAUUUUCUAAUCAACUGACAGACCCUUUCUGUUUUUGGAGUAGUUGAAUAUGUAUGUUUCUUUGAUUUUCUAAUCAAUUUGAAAGAAUAGUGUCAGGAAGUGGGAAACAAUAUUGGUGAUAAUGUAUUUGGUACAGUAGUGAAGGGUUUCUUCAAACUAGGUCAUAGAGCCCCCCCUGGUUUAACAAUUAGUUUUUUGCCCUAGCACCACACAGCUGAUUCAAAUAAUCAAAGCUUUUUGAUAAGUUGGUUAUUUGAAUCAGCUGUGUAGUGCUAAGGAAAAAAACUAAACGUGUACCCAUGGGGGGCCCCAGCACCGAGUUUGGGAAACCCUGCAGUAGUGUAUGAAAGACCAUGCAAGAACAUAUUUUUACACUAAUCUGAAGGAUAGAAUGUGUAUGAAGGAAGAUGUCAAGAGAAUAUUAUUUAUUGUGUUGAGGUUAAGCCAAAUAAAACACUUUUGGGAAAUAUUAAAUAAAAUCAUGAAGUAGCACUGUCCUCUUGUUGAAUUGUAUCUUGGAAUAAAAUAUUGCUUCAAUG